UGCGGGGAAGGACCGUGGUACAGACUGAGGAGGCUUCAGCUGAAGAGAAGCUUAGAGGAAUUCCCAGAAAAAGUAUUUCUCCUCCACUGAACAAAUUGAUGUAAAAAAAGAAGAAGUUGUAGUUGGAAGAGAAAAUGUCAGCUUUUUAAUACAAAGUAAAGCCUAGGUUGACAUCAGAGGUAUAUGAGACCUGGGCAGUCUGCCUGUCAUGCCGUUUGAAUCUUAGGAAGUCAGGGCAGCUACACAUAUAUCCAGCAAGGUGAAAGCACGGUUGGAGUGACAGUCAAUUCAGCUGGAUCACAGGGCUGGCCCCAUUGCGAUCCAGGUGACAAAAGCACUUUCCAGUAUUGUGCAAUUCAACAACGUGUUCAAGCAUCCUCAGUAAUUCGUGGUGGAGAACAGGCCACACAAGCCAAAGCUCUUUGUAGUUCUAAAAUAAAGAGGUAUUGGUAAGACUCUUGUUUUUGGUAGGACUUGUUAUAGUGUAGUGACAAGGACAGACAGAGAGCCACUUCAAUUUCUGAUAGUUAUUUCUUGGCACACAAAUCUAAAUCAGAAUGAAUGCUGAGUAUGUCUUAUGCAAUUGGAAAGACCAGGUAUGGCCAGCAAAAGUUUUAUCUAGAUCUGAAACUUCGUCAGAUGGUAAGAGAAAAAAUACAUUAGUUCUAGAAGUUCAAAUACUCUCACUAGAUGAAACAAUUAAGGUGGAGAGUACAGAAACAAAGAUCCUAAAUAAAUCUGAAAUUGAAGCCAUUAUCUCCUCCAUACAAGUACAGUCAGAGGUCAAUGCUCCACCUAGAGAGGAAACACCCUAUGAAAGAGCACUAAAGGAGGCACUGGAUAUCCUGAAUAAGAGAACAGAUUUGACUCAAGCAAGCAUUACAGAAGAAGAGACUACUAUACUCCCUGAAAAUAUACCACAAAAUUUGUCUGACUCACCACCUUAUAAAAGACAUCGGAAGAAUGAAGAGGCCUUGUCAAAGUAUCCUAAAGAAAAUGAAGACCAAAUAUGCAUUGUAAUAUCUUCUGAGAGUGAGGAUUCCAACUCUAAUGAUAAAUUAGAGGUGCAGAUAACCAAUGAUACUAUACAAAAUGAAGAGGAAACAAAGUCACCGCGUAACUCCAGCUUGUGCCAGGAGACUUUCUCUUUGCUUUCAGAAGAUGAGGACGAUAAAAAAGAGGACAAGAAAGAGAUCUCAACAAGUAUUUCUGGAAAUUCCACAAUCAAAGGGGAGAGUGAAGAUGAAAAGUGUGUUCAAUUUUUGUCAUCAGACAACAUCACUGCCCCCAAAGUUUCAAAAGAGGAAGGACAAAACACAUGCCUGGAUACUCUGCCUGUUUCCUCUGAAUAUUCUACCUUUUCAGAGACUAUUGAAGACCCUGAAGAGGGUCCCUCAAAUCCAAAUCCAUGCUUAGAUGCCAACCAGAACCAACCUUGUAUGGAGUCAGAGGUGAGUGCUGCGACGUCCGCUCCAAGUUGCUCAUGGGAAAGUCCAGCUUCGUUUAGUGCCUCUAACUCUUUCCUCGAUUAUUCACACCUGGUGAAUAAUGAUAGAAGUCUUCACAACCUGGAUAUUGAGGAAUUUGAGGAAGACAUUCAAGCUUCUGAUAAGUCAUUGCAUAUUGAUCCUGUUAGUUCUUCUGCAUUAGAUGACAAUGAAGAAGAUGAAGAACUUCCACGAUUUGUUUUUCAUUAUGAGCCACGUUCAUUUGAAACAGGAAUGAUAGUCUGGUUUAAAUAUCAAAAGUAUCCAUUUUGGCCAUCAGUGAUAAAAAACAUCAGACGAAAAGAGAAGAAAGCAAGUGUGCUUUUUGUUGAGGCCAACAUGAAUCCUGAAAAGAAAGGUGUUAGAGUCCCUUUCCGAAGAUUAAAAAAAUUUGAUUGUAAAGAGAAGCAAGCACUCGUGGAUGAAGCUAGGGAGGAGUACAGUGAAAGCAUUGACUGGUGCAUCUCACUGAUUUGUGACUAUAGGGUUCGACUAGGUUGUGGUUCCUUUUCAGGUUCUUUUCUUGAGUAUUUCGCUGCUGACAUCAGUUAUCCAAUGAGGAAAGCAUUCAAACAUGAUACCUUCAGGAAUAUGUUUCCAAAACUCCAAAAUGAAGAUACUGGGGAACAAAUGGUUGUGACUUCCCAGUCCAAGAAAAUGUCCUUUCAGAAAAUUCUCCCUGACCGGAUGAAGGCUGCUCGAGACCGAGCCAACAGGAAUCUAGUGGACUUCAUCGUGAAUGCAAAGGGAGCAGAGAGUCAUCUUUUGGCCAUUUUAAAAGGCACAAAAGGAUCUAAAUGGCUGAAAUCGUUUUUACAUGCAAAGAGGUUCACACCCUGCAUUGAAACAUAUUUUGAGGAUGAAGAUCAGCUAGAUGAGGUGGUGAAAUAUUUACAAGAAAUCUACAAACAAAUUGACAAAAGGAUGCUAACACUGAUAAAAGAUGACAAAAUUAAGUUUAUCCUGGAAGUUCUUCUGCCAGAAGCAAUCAUUUGCUCAAUUUCUGCUGUUGAUGGAUUAGAUUAUGAGGCAGCUGAAGCAAAGUAUCUAAAAGGUCCAGCUCUAGGCUAUAGGGAGAGGGAAUUAUUUGAUUCAAAAAUCAUAUUUGAAAAGAGACGGAAAACAUUACCAAAUUAAGCUCAUUAGACAUUCCAAGUCAAAACCAUAACAGAAAGCUUUCAUGAAUACUGGUUUUAAAGAAUCCGUAACCAUUCUAUCUAACAUAUAAAUAUUUCUGACAAUGGGAGAUUUUGGAUAAUGUUUUCACUUGCUUUUAAUGAUGCCUAGCACAGGCAGAUAGCUCUAUAUUUUUAUUUUCUUUUGCUUCUUGAGAGACAAUUUUGUUAAAAUAUUUCAGCAAUUUUACUUUAUCCUACAUUUCUAGAAUGAAGAAUUCCUAAAUGAUUUUUAAGGGAGAGUACUAUUUUGUUUGAUGAUAUUUUUGUGUCUGUGCUGUAAAGCUGAAUAAAGCAUGCACAUUUAUUUUAAUACUGAAAUUGUACUGGUAUUGCAUUUUAAGAGAGAAUUAGAAAAGAAGUAUAAAAGAAACAUUGGUUAUAUUUUUGCUUACUUUUUAUAAAAUGCUGAAGUUUCUCGUAAGAUAGUGGAAUUAUUUUUCCUGCCAUGCCUAUUUAUUUUUGCAAAAAAUUAUCUGAGACAUAGAACCAAAGGUAGUUAAGCUUUGCUAUAUAUUAUAACUAAAUGUAAUUGCUUUUGCAAGAAAACAAUCUAAAGUUCAAAACUAAAGAAAGUGGAUUAUCUGCAUGUAGUCUAUAUUUAUGUGAAUAACAUCUCAGCAUGCAGAGAGCAAUUUUGGCAGUCUUGAACAGAAUUUUUCAUUCUAUACUUCCCUGAAAUUCCAUUGUGGGGAGCAUCUAUUCUCUAAGGGCUAAACAGUUUCUUAAAACAGACAGGCUUCUUUUGGCUGUCUUCAUAACUACUAGUGAGUGUAUCUUCUUAAUAUAGCUGUCUGACCACACAUGGAAGGCAGAUACAGUCAUUGUAUUUAUAGUCUGUCCACUCUAUAGGCCUAGCUUACUUCUAGAGAGCCUGUUUAGUUUGGUAUAAUCUGUAGAAAAUGCAAGCAGUAUACUUAGUAUUAUCUCCAUAUAUGUAGUCAUUUGCCUCAAAAGAAGGAUGCUUUAGUAUCUGGCUUACUUGUAGAAUAGUUCCAAUUGUUUUCAGUAAGUUAAAUGACAAUUGAUCAGUCAUUCCAAACUACCAGAAAGAGUGAUGGGCCAGAAUCUAGAAAUUUGGGGGUCUGUCGCAGGAAAAGCCUCUAUUGACUAAAUAUGAUAGUUAGUCCUAUGUAGUUAAAUAUGCACAAUUAAAAUAUAAAAACAAUGAUUUAUUUGUUGUGACUCUAAGAUUUUUGUGAGACUAUAUCUUAGAAAAUAUAUUUUUAAAAUGUGAUGUGAACAGAAGUGCUAAAGGCUUAACACGGAUUUGUCUGCAAUUUUACCUGUUAGAGUGAAACAGUUGUCAUUCCUGGGCUCUUAUUAUAUGUCUACAUGGCACGGUUUUCUUUCAAAAUUUGCAAAACUUUGCUAUUUCGAUGUAUAAUAAAGCCAUUAUGCCCUUCACCUUGGAUGUUCUCUUCAUCUUUCAGACUUUGCUGCUAUAUAAGUUGUGUUUGUAUACAUAUAUGUAGAUAUAUAUGUUUUCCUGGCAAU